AUGGAUGAUGAGGAUAUCGCGGUAUUUUGUCGUGGCAUAUCGUUCCCGGUAUCUGCGCAAUCGACACUUCUCGCGUUUGCGCAACGUUUGCGGCUGCUCCAGGAUCUUUCUCUUUCUUGGGAGAUCUUCAUUGCCUUCCGCUACUCGAGCGAAGGACCGCUCGGCCAGUCUACUGCCAAGAGCCUCCCACGUGCCCAUGGCAAGACGGUCGUCUCGAACAAGCACUGUGCUGCGGAAGAAGUCGAGGCUACUACUGGGGUUGCGAUGCUUGCGAAGGACGGCACCCCCGUGCAUCACCACUACUCAGCCGGAAUCAGGCGGAGCGGCGUGUUCAUCGCCGUCGAUACCGGCCGCCGCAAGAUGCAGAAGCGCGAGGAGGGCUAG